GUGUGAAUCUUCCUAAUCGUAAAAAUUUAUGGCUGUCGUUCACAGGUGAUUACGAAAGUAAACGUUGGGGGAUUUGAUUUGAAAUAAGUGCAAUGACGCGAGAUGGGCGUCAAGGAUCUGUGGAAUAUUUUGUCGCCUUUGUGCGAGAGGAAGCCGCUGUACGAGCUGCAGGGAAAAACCAUCGCGAUCGAUUUAAGCGGAUGGGUCGUGGAAACCCAAACGAUCACCGAUAAUGCGGCUCAACCGAGGAUGUAUCUCAAGAACUUGUACUUCCGUACGGUGUUCCUUCUUAUGCAUGAGAUAUUUCCAGUAUUUGUAUUAGAAGGAAAAGCACCUAUCAUAAAACAUAAAACUAUUGCAAGAAGAAACAACGUUCGUAAUGGAUUUCAGGAGAAGACCGUUAAGAAAGGUGGAAGAACCCAGUUUAAUCGAGUUCUAAAAGAGUGCAAAGAAUUGUUAAGAUGCAUGGGUAUUGCUUGUGUACAGUCUGAGGGUGAAGCGGAAGCUAUGUGUGCUUACUUAAAUGAAGAUGGGCUCGUGGAUGGAUGUAUAAGCCAAGACAGUGACUGUUUCUUAUACGGGGCGAAAGUAGUGUACAGAAACUUUAAUAUUAGCCAUGGACAUUGUGACGUGUACAGUAUGGAAAAAAUAGAGAAGACGUUGAACAUAGGACGAAGUAAAAUGAUAGCUUUAGCUUUGCUAUGUGGCUGCGACUAUGAUGAGGGAGUAAAGGGUGUUGGAAAGGAAGCUGCUUUAAAAUUUUUCAAGACUGUGAGAGAGAAGGAUGUCUUACAAAGGAUUCAAGAUUGGAGAACUGACAGAAGUUUGGACAGAGCUGAGUCAAAUUUGUUAAAUCCAAAUUUAUGUACAUCGUGUGGUCACCCAGGAAAAUUGCAAAAGCACACAAAAUCGGGUUGUGCUGAUUGUGGAACUAUUAGGAAAUGUAAUGAUGAUUUCAGGGAAAAGAGGGCAUUGAUAUUAAAUGAGGUAUCGUUAAGAAAGAAGGCACUCCAAGAUGAAAAUUUUCCAAACCAAGAAUUGAUAGAUGAAUUUCUUAUCAGAAAGGAUUCAGUUCCAACUAAAUUAGAUAUAAAAUGGAAACAACCUCAAAUCAAACAAUUUAUUGACUUUAUGAACAAAUAUCUCUGUUGGGAACCACAAUAUGCGUUCGAAAAAAUAUUUACAUUAACUACUAGAUGGCAGCUCUUACAUCUACCAGAUCUUACACCUGAUGAACGUUUCUCCAUGACAGAUUUAUUUAUUCCUGACAAUAUAAAAAAGAUACGUAAUAUUAAAUCUAUAGCCAGUUACGAAAUUAUAUGGAAGAAAGAGCAUACUGUAAUUGAAAUGCUAAAUGAAUAUAAAGAGCAAACAAGAGAGAAUGGUGAUGAUGAUGCUGUAGAUGAUAGUUUACUAACAAGUAUUGAACCACAAGACUUGGUUCUAAAGUGUUACCCAGAAUUGGUUGAGGUAUAUGAAAAUACUAGGAACGCAAAAACGAAAAGAAAACCUGCAAACUCUCGGAGGAAAAAGGUUACAAUUGAUAAUAAUAAAGAUACUGAAACAAGAGAUACUACAAAAUCAAAGCAAAAGAAAGUAAAGAAGAAAAUAGAAAAAAAUAAUAGGAAGAUUGAUGAAUUUAUAUCUGGAAACCAUGCAAUGUCCUUAGAGGAGUCCUUUGAAAAAAUGAAUAUUACACCAAAUAUUACACCAAAAAGAUCAAAGCGAGAAAAUAUUUCGAGUAGAGUGAACGAGUUAAAAAUAAGUGAUGUACCUGAAGAUGCUGCAAUCAUGAACAUAAAACAAAUGAAACGUGGGCCACAAUUUAAAAGAGUUCUGGAGGUAGAAAAGUUAAAUUCAAAGCAAAAUAACACGUAUGACAAGGUGUUUAAUGAUCUCUCUCCUGAUGACUUUAUGAGCGAAAAUGAAGAUAAUGAUAUAGAUGUAACACAUGUGAUAGAAAAUAUAUGUGGCAAACAAACUUUCCAAUUUAGUAUAACAAACUGCCAAUCUACAGAAUCUACUAGCCGGUCUACAGAAAACGUUAUACAAGGAUGUACAAAAAUUGAUGAAUUUGAACCUGUGACAUACACUAGAGAAGAUUAUGUUCAUACACAGGAUGAAAAACGGAAACCACGUAACUCUGAUGAUGAAUUUGGCGAUAUUAAUGAAUCAUAUAUUCCUAUUAAUCAAAGAAUACAGAUAGAACAAAACCGAAGGUUUUUAUCGACGCACAAUCAAAUGAAAAAGAAACUUAGCUUUGAUUUUGAAAAUAUUAUGGACCAAACUAAUAACGAUUUUGAAAGUAUUAUGGAUCAAACCGAAAACGAAACCAUAUGUUUAGAUACGUGAUAUUAUAUAAAGCAUGUACUUUUUAAUUAAAGUUUUUAAUUUUUAAGAAGAAAGUUUUUA